AUGACGAACCUGCUCUUCCAUCAGCUUGGCCAGCCGGUUAUGGCCGGAGACCAAUCUGUGAAGAGCGUACUGACAUCUCAGCCGGCCGCUAUCGUUCGGCCUCUUCCGGGCCUUACAAUCCUCAGAAGCGCUCUUUCUGAAGCACAGCAGCUUCAAGUUGCGUCGGACAUAGUGCUGAGCGGCUGCCUGGCGGAAGUGGAGGCAGAGGAGGGAGAGGAAGUCGAACCAGAGAAGACUGAGGUGAAGGAGGAGGCCGAAGAAGUCGCUGGCACCGGCAGCCACGGCAGCGGCCGCACUAAAGGGUUGCCUAAUCAAGCCAUGUUUUUCGGAGAUCUGCCACCUUGGACACUGCGACUUAUUAAGCUACUACCCUUAAGCGAGCUUCUACCCCCCGAGUUGGCGAGUCGGUCGCCGUCCUUCGACCAGACCAUCGUCAACCUGUACAGGCCUGGUGAAGGCAUUACAUCCCAUGUUGACCUGGCGCGCUUUCAGGACGGCAUCGUCAGUGUCUCCGUUGGCGGCCCGGCCGUCAUGCACUUCACGCGAUGCAGCAACGACCCGUGGGUCACCGCCAAUCGCGGUGAGAACUGCGCUGGCAGCAGCGGUGGUGCUGGCGGCGGCGGGAGUUGCAGUGACUGUUGCGGCCGCAGCGCUGAGGGUGGCGACCUGCGGGAACGUGUGGACGCUGCCGAUGGCGGAGGCGGAGAAGGGGACGGCGAUGGCGGAAGCAAAGCUGAAGCAGCAGCAGUAGUGGAGGCGCAGCCGCCACAGCCGGAAAAGCAACGGAAGCGGCAGGAAUGCAAUGAGAGCGGCGGUGGCGGCGGCAUCGAUGGUGACGGCAAUGGUGGCGGCGCUGGCAGUACCACCAACAGGUGUGCUAGCCAGCGGCAGGAUGCGGGUGUGUGGUGGUGCGGACCUGACCACUUGUGUGUGCUGCUCCAGGGGGGGGACCUGGUGGGCAUGGCAGGUGAGGCACGGUUCGGCUGGGAGCACGGCAUCCGUGCAGUGGUUUCGGAGCUCUGGGGCGAGGUCGGCUGUAGCAGAUGCGCAGCGGCAGCGGCGGCAACCGCUGCUGCUGCCACUGCGGGGGCGCCGGCGGUACCGGUGGCGCCGGCAGCGGCUUGCCGCGGCACGCAGCAGGUGGAGGAUGCGUGUCAGGGUUAUCGUCCUGCGGGCUAUUGGACUGGCGGGCUAUCGUCCGGUACGGGCACGGUUUGCCAGUCUGUGACGGCGGCUGAGGGGCGGCAGCUCAAGGUACUGUGGGGAUGUCCCGGAUGGGUUUUCCCGCUGGAGCAGUCGGAGGAGGAGGAGAAGGGCUUCAGGAAGGAGGAGGAGGAGGAGGACUUCAGGAAGGAGGAGGAGGAGGAGGAGGAGAGAUUGGCUAUCCUCAGGUGGCGGAGGCCCGACGAAUGGCGGAAGAAGAAGCAGCUGUCGGAAGCUGCAGUGCAGAUGUGGGGAUCCCGAUUCCCGACCUUGCACCGGGGAGGCCGAUCCGUGUAA